UGUUUACGUUAAACAUCCACCGUCAGAAACACUCAACUAAGUUGUGUUUCCAGUUUCUAUGAAGACAUUCUGACAUUCCUAACAUUUCAUGCUGUCAGACAGCCGUUGCUCCUCCCCUUUCAACCUCUAAAGAGAUUUUGAGAAUGUAAUGCUGUGGAACUAAACCAGUUUAUCUGGCUUAAAUAGAAAGUAUUUUCUGUGGCGUCGUUGGAAAGAGGAUCAAGACAUUACAAGAAAUGUCCUGAAAGUAUCGUGUGUAAUCUGAAUGAGGAAGAUGAGCUCCAAAAUGAGUGUUUCUGAGGUACAGGACACAGAGGAAGCUGAGAGACUGUUUCAGGGUAGGAGAUCUGACUCUCCUGAACCCAGCUGUGUGUCCAUGAAGAGUGAAGAGUCAAUGGGUAAAUACAUGACCUUCAGAGAGGAUAACAGUGAGAUUCAGACUCAGAGAGAGCCAGCAGACUCUCCUGAACCCAGCUGUGUGUCCAUGAAGAGUGACAGGUCAAUGGGACAGUACAUAACCUUCAGAGAGGAUAACAGUUCUCCUGAACUGAGAAUCCAGCAGGAGGAAUCACACACCAGCAGAAGAAAUAUGGAGUUCAUUUUAAAGGAGAUGGAGCACAGAGUUAUCUCUCUGGUAAAGAAGCAGCUGAAGAGUUUUGCGAAGAUCCUGAAGAGUCUGGAUUACCCAGCAUGCUCUGGGAGAGAGGUGGAGGAUGAAGAGGAUCAGAGCGAUGUCAGAGAGGGGGCACUGAAGAUCACACUGCAUGUCCUGAAGAACAUGAACCAGACAGACCUCUCUAACACACUGCAGACCAAACUGGCUCCAUCCUGUCACCAAAACCUGAAAUCUACUCUGAAGGAAAAGUUUCAGAAAAUUAAUGAGGGAAUCUCAAAUCCUAGAACCGCUACCUUUUUGAAUGAGAUCUACACAGAGCUGUACAUUGCAGAGGGAGCGAGUGGAGAGGUCAAUAAUGAACAUGAGGUCAGACAGAUGGAAGCAGCAUCCAGGAGACCAGCAACACAGGAGACACCCAUCAAAUGUAGCAACCUUUUUAAAGACCAGUCCAUCAGAACUGUGCUGACUAAAGGAGUUGCUGGAAUUGGUAAAACAGUCUCUGUGCAGAAGUUUAUUUUGGACUGGGCUGAAGGAAAAGCCAAUCAGGAUGUUCUCUUCAUAUUUUCUCUACCAUUUAGAGAGCUGAAUCUGAUGAAAACUGAAACGCUCAGACUGGUGGAUCUUCUUCAUCAAUUUUUCAAAGAUUCAAGACAAUUAAAACCAGGAGACUACCAUCGUUACAAAAUCAUGUUCAUCUUUGAUGGUCUGGAUGAAUGUCGACUUCCUCUAGAUUUCCAGAACAAUAAGAGAGUAUCUAAUGUAACACAGUCAGCCUCAGUGGACGUGCUGCUGACAAACCUAAUCUGGGGAAACCUGCUUCCCUCUGCUCUCCUAUGGAUAACCACUCGGCCAGCAGCAGCCAAUCAGAUCCCUCCUGACUGUAUUGACCUGUUUACAGAGGUACGAGGGUUUAGUGAUCCCCAGAAAGAAGAAUACUUUAGGAAAAGGAUCAGUGAUUACAGCCUUGCUGAAAGAAUUAUUACACACAUGAAGUCCUCCAGAAGCCUCUACAUCAUGUGCCACAUCCCAGUCUUCUGCUGGAUUGCGGCCACUGUUCUAGAGAGGAUGUUGGGUGAAGCAGAGGGAGGAGAGAUUCCCAAGACUCUGACUCAAAUGUUCACACACUUCCUUAUCUUUCAGAUCAAACACCGCAGCCAGAAGUACCAAAGUGGAAGUGACGUUGAUCUUGACCAGACUAGAAAGAUCAUUCUGGCUCUGGGAAAACUGGCUUUCCAACAGCUGGAGAAAGGAAACCUGAUUUUCUAUGAGGAAGACCUGAGAGAGUGUGGCAUUGAUGUCAAAGAAGUGUCCGUGUACUCAGGAGUGUGCACCCAGAUCUUUAGACAGGAGUUUGGGCUGCACCUGGGGAAGGUUUUUAGCUUUGUGCAUCUGAGUGUUCAGGAGUUUCUGUCUGCUUUGUAUGCAUUUCUGUCCUUCAUCUCCAACAACACGAAUGUGCUGCAACAGAAACACAGUGGAUUCUUUGGUUUCUCCAAAAAGGAAACAGUGUCCGUCUUCCUGAAGAAAGCAGUGGACAAGGCCUUGCAGAGUGAGAACGGACAUCUAGACCUCUUCCUCCGCUUCCUUCUGGGUCUCUCACUGGAGUCCAAUCAGACUCUAUUAAAAGGCCUUUUGAUACAGACAGAGGACAUCUCUCACAGCAAAAAGGAAGUAGUGGAGUACAUCAAGCAGAAGAUCAGGGAGAAUCCCUCUCCAGAGAAAACGAUCUGCCUGUUCCACUGUCUGAAUGAACUGAAUGAUCAUUCUCUAGUGCAGGAAGUCCAAAAAUACCUGAGCAGAGGAGGUUUCAGGGAUCUCAGUGGAGCUGAGCUCUCUCCUGCUCAGUGGUCAGCAGUUUCAUUUGUGAUGCUGAGUUCAGAGGAGGAGCUGGAGGAGUUUAACCUGAGGAAAUAUGGCAGGUCAGAGGAAUGUCUGCUGAGGCUGAUCUCGAUGAUCAAUGCAUCCAGAAGAGCUGUGCUGGUUGGGUGUAAUCUGUCAGAGAAAAGCUGUGCAGCUCUGGCCUCAGCUCUUAAAUCAAACUUCACAACUCUAAAAGAACUAAACCUAAGUCAUAAUAAACUGCAGGAUUCAGGAGUGAAGCUGCUCUCUGCUGGACUGGAGAAUCCACACUGUAAACUGGAGACACUGUGGCUGGCUGAGUGUAAUCUGUCAGAGAAAAGCUGUGCAGCUCUGGCCUCAGCUCUAAGCUCACACUCCACAACUCUGAGAGAACUAAACCUGAAUCAUAAUAAACUGCAGGAUUCAGGAGUGAAGCUGCUCUCUGCUGGACUGGAGAAUCCAAACUGUAAACUGGAGACACUGUGGCUGGCUGAGUGUAAUCUGUCAGAGAAAAGCUGUGCAGCUCUGGCCUCAGCUCUCAGCUCAGUCUCCUCAACUCUGAGAGAACUAAACCUGACUGAUAAUAAACUACAGGAUUCAGGAGUGAAGGUGCUCUCUGCUGCACUGGAGAAUCCACACUGUAAACUGGAGAAAUUGGAGCUGUGGGGGUGUAAUGUUUCAGAGAAAUGCUGUGCAGCUCUGGCCUCAGCUAUCAGCUCAAACUCCUCAACUCUGAGAGAACUAAACCUGAGUGGUAAUAAAUUACAGGAUUCAGGAGUGAAGCUGCUCUCUGUUGGACUGCAGAAUCCACAAUGUAAACUGGAGACACUGGAGCUGUUUAGCUGCAGUAUUACAGAAGAAGGCUGUGCUGCUUUAGCUUCAGCUCUGAAAUUAAACCCCUCACACCUGAGAGAGCUGGAUUUAAGAUUCAAUGAUCCAGGGGAGAUUGGAACGAAGCUGCUCUCUGAUCUACAGAAGGAUCCUCACUUUAAACUGGAGACACUACACAUCUGGUCAUAUGACUGACCUGCUCUUAUUGACCACUAGUGACCACCUCUGGUAUCCUUGUGCAUCAGCAGUAUCUGUGCAUCUUUCUUUUCUCUAACAGUCUUCAAUAUGAAAUUUCUGGGGUUAUUAAACUGAUCUACAGAGGCUGUAGAGGCUCAAAACUCCAAACUCCAAAACACUGGUGGCAAAACACUGGCGGCAAAGGCCGUCAGCAGGUGACGCUCGGCCUCAGCAGCAGCACAACGCAAAGAUAACUGUCACAAGCUCACUGUUAUAGGGAUUAUCCAAUAGGGGGCGUAGUGAAUUCAGGGUAAUUACCUCAAUCUGCGGCUCUGAGUCUCAGAUUCCAGAAGUAGUUUACAGAAAGAAUGAUUGAUUAAAUUGAGGGAUCAGUUUAUGUUUCUAAUCAUAAUGGCUCUGUGGUAAGAGUGCACAAUAAAUAAAUAAACAGGUAGAAAGAGUUUACAUAGUUACAUAAUUAAUGAAACAUCGUAUCACAGCGGUAGUGUGUAAAACUUGGUGUUUCAUAUUUUAAAAUGGUGCACUAUGGGUUCCAGUGCUGUACAAAUGUAAAUCAUUCCAGCUUUAGCCUGUAUAAAGUUAUAUUUUUGAUUUUCAUCUGGUAACUGUCAAACGAAAGUAUAAGAAUCAGUUAUUGUUUUAGCUUUAUCUGUAUUAAAUUGAAUAUAAAACUGUUUACUCUGAUAAUAUAUAAUGAAAGCAGAGGCUUGCCUUUGUAAUCAUAGUUAUCUCUAUUAUUACAGCACCACAGAAAAUGUUGGCGGUGUUGGUUUUGGUUGGUGGACGUUUGCCCAAGCCACCAAGAUAAAGUUAGUUUUAUAUUAUAUUAUUUUUAUAUUAUUAUAUUGUAUUAUUAUAUUGUAUAUCCAAGUCUACAGAGUUACUAAAAGUUUAUUUAGGGCAAACCUGUCCUUUAACUAUUAGAGCAAAUGCAAACAUAUAUUUAACUUUGAAUGUAUUCUUACGUAUACUAUAUAUAUUGUUUAAUAAAAUGUAAUGUUUA